AUGACCAUACAGGCCGUCCUGCACUGGGGCCGGGCAAACUGCGCGGCACAAAGCUCACGAGCUGCGCAGCACGAGUUGCUCAGUGGCGCUACGACGGGACUGGCUGCGUUGCUUUACCUGGCCAUGGCUUGUGGUAUCUCCCAGGACUAUGAGAAAGGCAGUGGCGUGGGCAGCACCCAGCGGCUCUUCUUCCACCUCGCAUAUGUUGGUCGAGCCUUCGUGCCCUGCUUUCUGCUUCUCAACAUCUCCACACUAGCUCGGGAGCGCAGAUCACCUGCGGCGGCCUUGCUGGGUGCGUGGAUCACACAGGUCCUGGCACUGUACCUCGGUCAGCUGGUGCAGGCGCAGAAGAGAUGGAUCUUCCUCUUGGCAGCCGUGGCGGCGCUGCUGCCGAUGGGAAUUACGAUGUGUGCAUCUAUGGGAGGGCGUCUACAUCAGUCGCCAUUGAUGACCGCAUACCACUUCCUGGUGACUUGGGUCUGCCUUUGCGGCGCUGGCUUCUGCUGGCUGUUCCUCUGCUGUCAGGUCUUUCAUUUCCUUGAUGUGCAGACGGAGGUGGUGUUGGGUGCGAUCCUGGACUACUGCCUUCUGGGCGUCUCCAGCAUUGCCAUCAGCUGCGCGGGUCCUGACAUACAAGCUCCGCUGCUUCCCAGCCAGGAAGAGGAGCUUUCACUCUACCCUGGUCCACAUAGCCACGGCUUCUUCCCAAACCUGGACUUCUACGACGACAACCUGUAG